UCAUUUAGAUACAACUGUAGUAACUGUAAAAAGCUUGAGUUCAGUUUUCAUUUGACUGGGCCAGCGUGCGCUACACAAGUCUUCAAAUCAUAUUGAAAUUGCUACUAAUCGAGCGUGAAAUAAAUUUAGUUAAAAUGUAUAUAUUAGUAAUGCUUAUUUUAAAUAUAGUGACGAUGGCAAUUGAUAUGGGUUCGAGUACCGAAAUCGAUUAUUGCAAACUAAAGUGUGCGGAUCCGAAAAAAGAGCAUGCCGUUUGUGCUAAUAAAGAUAAGAAACUGAUUGAGAGUUGUCCGACUGAUACUACGAUACUGUCAUUAGAUGAACUCCAAAAUGUCAUACUACAAUUGCACAAUGAACGGCGUGAAUUUGUGGCAAGCGGCAAGGACGAUAUACUGCCGCCCGCUGCACGUAUGGGUCAACUAUUUUGGGACGCAGAAUUGGCCGCUUUGGCUGAAUACAGCGUUAGACGUUGUCUUAUCAGUGAUCCGCACUGUUACACGACACCAAGCUUACCCAAUCCAGGACGUAGUGCAAAUGUUUAUAAAUUCGAAGCGGUCGAAACUUCACGCGCGGAUUUAAUGAAGUCACGCAUAGUUGAAUGGCUGGAAACAGGCAGAGAUUGUACAGCGGAAAUAGCAGCGAACUUUCCAGAGAAACCACCGGGACAUGUCGACUUCUUCGGUCGUGCCAUUACGGAUAGUAAUAAUCAAGUUGGUUGCGCAGCAUCGGAAUGGGUGAAGAAAUCGGAUAAAUUUUUCCUUUUAGUUUGUCUAUACACGAAUGACGUCGAACCGGGUAGACGUUUAUAUAAAUUUGGUCGUCCAGCGUCGCGUUGCCUAACGGGUACCAGUGAUUUGUACAAUAAUCUGUGUACCUCCAACGAAGACUAUCAGAUAGCUGAUGCUGAACAAGAACGUAGAAAACUUGCACCCUAUAAACCAUUACACAAGAAUGGUUCGGAUUACGAUGCACCCGAGGGCAGUCUUUGGCAAUUAGUCAUGUGAAUAGAAAGUGGCAUAUAAAAAAAUGAUGAAACGAAGGAAUUGAAUUUCAGUGCUUCUCUUUUUUAUAUUAUUUAAAAUCUAAGAGAUCUUAUAUAUUUGAACAUGUAUAUACUAUAGUAUAUUGGGUUUGAAAUAAACAGAUACAGUAUAGUACUUAUUUA